AUGCGUCUCCAUCCUGCGAGUUUUGUGGUCCUGGCGUUUAUAAUCCUGGUGAUCAUCGUCCUGUGUGUGGUUCUGUAUUUCCUCAGGAAAGCUUCCAGGACGUACUCUUUCGAUCUCCACCGUCCGAGUCCCAUGAGCCGCCACAGCGAGCCCACCGGCACCUUCGAGCCCGUUUACCUGGACAACCUGGACCAACCGGGCCUUAAAGACGUGAUGACAGCGGAGGGUUCACCCCCUCCAGUAGCCAACGGUUCCAGUCUGCCAUCAGAAGAAAAUGGUCUCAGUGAAGAAACCGCAGCUCCUGAGGAGCAGCCAGACUCCCACCAAGCUGACGGCAUCAUUGACCCUCUGAGUAGUGCCAACUGGUUUUUUGAUGCUCCAGAGGAACAGCAGAAUGAAAACAACAACAACCCAUCGGUUUGUUCCAGCGACCCGUUUGUGGAGAUAUACCUGGACGACGCCUGGGGCCACCAGCUUCUCAGCAACGACGCUCCAGCUUCCUCCUCCAUCGUCCCUCCAGCUUCCUCCUCCAUCGUCCCUCCAGCUUCCUCCUCUGUCGUCCCUCCAACUUCCUCCUCCGUCGUCCCCUUCGACAGUUUCUCCCUGUCUUCCUCUCCCUCCCAGUUUCCUUAG